AGCGUCAAUGCCAGGCUCACGGAGAAUGGUGACAGUAAUUGAUCAUUAACAUUUUGAAAAGGAAUUUAAUCAUUUGGACCCUAUAUGUUUCUUCAUUGAUCGGUAGGUAAAGGUUGUACGCAUAUAAGUAGGAAACAGAAAAGAUUUUCGAAACAGAAAGCAGCGGCUGAGAAAAUUGAUUGGUAUGGAGAGAAGUACCGGGCGGAGGUACGAAGACGAGACAACCGAACAGCCAGUAGAUUAUAGUAAAAAGUAUCGAGAAAGAAAAACAGGAGGUGAAAAUCAUUCGAUUGAGAAUUCAACCCGAACCGUUCGAUCUUGCAAGAAAGAAUACAGGGAACGCGACUCCAAAGUAGAUUUAUUUGGAGAUUAUGCCGAAACGGAUCUCGAUCAACCGACAGAUUAUAGCUUAAGAUAUGCCGAGGACGAUACAGACGACGACGAGAAACAGAGCCCUGAAUAUUUUCCAGGCAGCGUACAGGAAGACACUAUAAAAACAUAUUGUACGGAGGGAACUCCGUAUGAGACACCUUUCAAUUUUUCUACCGCCACUUCCAUGUCCGACUUACGUCUUGAAGAUACAAAAGAAUCUGUGGAUUCGCAGAAGAAACAUAAUAAGAAAGUCCACGAUCAUGGUCGCAAGGAAGAUCUGUGCUUUGAGCGCGCUAUGUCACUGAAUUGCAACGAAGAGCAAUCUCUUCUCGUUGAGAAAGAGUUGAAAACAUCCAAAACAUCUCAGACUCGCAAGCCCAGCUGCCCUUCCCCUGAGAAGUUGAUUAAUUACUAUCAAGCAGGGACACCGGAUGGUUUCUCACGUGCCAAUUCUCUUAAUUCUCUUAGUAGCGCCACAACGCAAAGGAACAAUGUCACUGGAAUCAUUUCUAAAGUAUCGUCCACAGAUUCUUCAGAGAAAGCUGAUAACGUGUCAGACAGAGCAGAGCGUAGCGGAAUUGCUUCUAAUAUGAAUGGAUUACGUAUAUCAGAUGAAACUGAUAGUCCCAUAGAAGGAAAAAGUAACACUAGAGUCGUAGAUAAAGAAGGCAAGAUGGUCACGUUUAGUAGACAAGAUUAUUAUGCAGAGCAAACUCCGUUGAUGUUUUCACGUUGCAGCUCUCUUGGUUCAUUGAGUGGGUUUGAACAGCAUUCGAUACAUGAUGAUCGCAGUUCCGUCAUAAGUGAUUUUAGUCGCAGGACUAGUGGUGUUGUGUCUCCAAGCGAAUUACCAGAUUCACCAACACAAACUGUUCCUCUCAGUCCUCGUGAUCAUAAGAGUCAGUGUACGGAUUUCAUAAGCAAAAUACCAGAAGAAGCAGUAAGACCGUCGGUUCGACAUUUAUCAUAUUCAAAGUGUCCCGUACCAAGAGGCAGUGUUUUUGAAGAUGACAUCGCCACCUUUAAAGAAGAGUCAACACCCAUUGAAUUCUCUACGGCCACUAGCCUCAGUUCUCUCACUAUUGAUGAUGAAUUGAAGAUUACAAACAGCUCCAAAAUGGAGAACGAUUUGAAGAAAAACUCGAAUGACCUUGAGAAAGAUGUUAAAGAAACUUCGUCGGUAGAGAAGAUAAAUAACGUUGAAACUGAGAAGGAUCAGGAGCAAGUCAGCGACGGUGACGAAGAUGACGAAGAUAUGUUGGCUGCGUGCAUCAGUAUGGGUAUACAAAAUAACAGGUAUAGACAGUCUUUCAAAACAUCAACUGUACAGAAAUCCGUACAACCUGAGUCGUCCAACAUGCUAGGCCGGUGUCAAAGAGCACCUACUUUGAACAGAUUGGAAUCAAGCAUUCCUGUCACCUCGGUGGACACUCCGGCAACAGCUGCUAAAACAAAUAAAACUGGUAUAGAAGUUGUUGCCGCUCCGGACACUGUGCACGUGUAUUGCACAGAAGACACCCCAGCGGAUAUUUCUCCUGUAGGCUCGCAGUCGAACCUUUCAGCGUUGUCUAUGCCAAGCGUUCAGGAGGACGUUGAAAAAGUUGAGGAUGCCAAACCUUCCAAUGAAGUUGAAUGCCAGAGAAAUGAUCUUUCAGACGAGAGCUCCAAUCUUUCCGGAGAGGAUGAAAAAAUUCUUCAUGAAUGUAUUCAGUCGGGAAUACCAAAGGUUCGUCAGAUAACACCUCCGCCAACGAGCUGCAUUCCUUUUGCACAGAAGACAGAAGCUGUGUCACAGAGAUUCAACAUAUGCGGUACACCAUCAUCUUCCCCAGUAGAAAGUGGUAACAGAAACCCUGCUCUUCGUAAACCUCUCUGCCGUACAUCGUUGGAGAAUGAUAACGAGCUUUCCGAUGACAGUCCUAAUCAUUCGGACGAUGAAGCUAUUUUGAGCGAGUGCAUAAGAGCAGCAAUGCCCAAGGUUAGGUUGAAUAUUUCAUCACUGAUAUCACAGUCAUUGCCACAAACUAUGGACAAGUCGAAGGUGACGAAUUCGGCAAAGGUAUCUUCCUCGACAGCGUCAUAUCGCCAUCCAGAGUAUAAAGAAAAUAAGCAUCAGCCGAAGAAGCCUGUAACGUUCGAGGAUAACCUGAGUCUCUCAGAAGAGGAGGAAGAUAUUAUCUUGGCUCAGUGUAUUAAAUCAGGCAUGCCAAAGGCACUGAACGGUUCAUUGAACUCGUCUUUAACUCAUGGACGACGAGUCGCUGGGACAGCAUCGCGCGGAGUGGCGUCUGGCUCAUUUUUAACUCCUACCGCGCUCUCUUCUGAACGUGCUCCUAUAUAGACGGUCUUUCCUAUUUAUCAUUUCUUCUUUUUAUUUCAAGGAAUAUAUUGCAAGGGGUAACGGGGACCGUAGUAUUCUUUAUACGUAGUUCAGCGAGUUCCCUCAGCAAAUGCCUAGAAACAAGUGUCAUCUGAAAGGAACGAAGAGCACGGAAGAUCGUAAUGCAGUAAUCAAGGACAAUUAUUUUGAUGUAUAGUUGGAAUUUAUACGUUUGCAGGGCCUAGAAGGAAUAAGGAGAAUUGUUACAUAAUUGUUCUACGCGUUAGCUGUUGAAAGACUGAAUACUUUUUUAUGAUAAUUGAGUGGAAUGGAAUGGUGGAGAUUGUAUGCUUGAUAGAGCGAAUAUAGCGAUUGUCUAGAGUCGGUAGUUGAGGGAUGAACUUGGAUUUUGAUCUUUUUUUUUAGAUAAUAGGAUUUUACAUUCAGCAACAAUGAAUUUAAUUCUUAUACCUAAUAAGGAUAUAGCAUUUUAUACUAUUUUAUUUGAUCAGAAGGUUGAAAAGUCUGUGCAAUAUGUUUAUCCAUACACGAGCCAUUGAUGCUUUAGCUUAUACUUAUUUGAACUAUACAGGGUAUCUCAUAACUCCUAUAACAGCUGGAUGUGGGGGAUUGCUGGGGUGAUUCUGAACAACUUUUUCCUUUACCAAAAUGUUGGUUGAAGCUUCGUUUUUGAAUUAUUAACGAAAAAACACUAGCCAAUAGGAGGGCGCGUAGAGCGCGCGCUCAAGCACGAGAGCGUUGGCUCUGAACCGCGCUCGGUCGUGAACAAACGUGUUGGUACAGCGUGGGUAUCGAGAAAAGCGUGCGACAAAUGUUACAGUAUCAAUCAUAGUGUCCGGUCGUCUAGUGAAAAAGCACUGACUUUGGAGUUCAAGUUUAACCGCAGCAAAUAUCAUAAAUCUAAUUAUUUAAUAAAAGCGUUAAAAUAAUUAACAUAAUCAUCAGAUAAAAGCUUUAGAAUAUUCAAUAAUUUAUUUGAAAUUACAAAAUACACUAGAUGAACGGACACUAGUGUCAGUUCGUCUAGUGAAAAAGCACUAAAGGGGAAGGUGCCCCUACCAUCUCAUUUACAUGAGGCAUAAUGGCUGCGCGCUCGUGCGUGAGCCCUCAUUCGCAUGAGGUGGUAGGGGCGAACUGAUACUAUGAUUGAUACUGUACAAUAUCAAUCAUAGUGUCCGUUCGUCUAGUAAAAAAGCACUGACUUCGGAGUCCAAGUUUAACCGCAGCAAGAUAAAUCUAAUCAAUUGAUAAAGGCUUUAGAAUAUUCAAUAAUUUAUUUGAAAUUACAAAAUACACUAGACGAACGGACACUAUUGUACACCGUCUUAAAUUAAGAACAAUGUGGAAUUAGUCAUACGUUUCCCUAGAUACCCACGCUGUACCAAUGCGUUUGUUCACGACCGAGCG